GAUAUCUUCUAACAUUUCAUCCGGUGACCCGGGAAGGCGUUUGUUUUACUUCAUUUACCUGUCUUCGCCAGCCUCUCCGGCCCGAGUUGAAUCACUUUUGACUCGCCCCCCGCAAAACUCGUCAUAUCUAAAUCUCAAUUACACACACACAAUCUCUCUCUCUCUCUCUCUCUCCCAACUAGAUCCUAGCUCCAAAUAUAUAGCCACAUCUCAUCUCUCUCCUCUUCAUACACAUGGAUCGGAUAAGAAACGGCAGUCCGGCGCACUCCAGACAGUGGAGCGGAGGCUCAAGCAGCACCGGAUCACUGUCUCCGGCGAGAUCGCCGGCGCAUCCUCAGUCUCGCCUCUCUCCGGCCGCCGGAAUGUCAAGCAUCAAGCGCACGCAGAAUUUCGCAGCUAAAGCAGCUGCGCAGCGAUUGGCGCAGGUCAUGGCUUCGCAAACGACGGAUGAUGAUGAGGAAGAGGAUGAUCUAGGGUUCCGCUUCGGCGCGCCUUCAUUUUCUAGUAGCAAUUUGAAGCCUAGUAAUAGUAGUAAUGGAAAUAGUGCAUCUGGUUUUUCGCUUGCUAAGCCGAAUCGAGCUCCCUCGCCUGCGUUAGGUCGGAACUUUAUGGAUCAUGCCCCUUCUGUUCGUUCAACUUCAACUGGAAGACCAGCAUCUGUUCGCUCAGCACAGGUUGUGAAACCGAGUAGAACUUCUAUAAGAACCCCCGUUGCUGUUCCGCCGAUAGAUCCACCUAGUAAUAGACUGCGGGAUAAUAGGUUUACAGCAGAUCGAGGACAGGUAGAAUUGAAAGAUACAGGAAAUCAGCGAGAAGCUUCUGCCCUUCGUGACGAGCUUGAUAUGCUUCAAGAAGAAAACGAGAUUGUUAUAGAUAAGCUUCGCCGUGCAGAACAAAAACGCGAAGAAGCAGAAGCCAGGGCGAGGGAGCUAGAGAAGCAGGUUGCUUCACUUGGCGAAGGGGUAUCUUUGGAAGCCAAGUUAUUGAGCAGGAAAGAAGCAGCUUUACGACAAAGGGAGGCUGCUCUUAAAGCUGCAAAACAGACAAAAGAUGGAAGAGAAGAUGAAAUUGCUGCCCUUCGUGCAGAAAUUGAGAAUGUAAAAGAUGAGACUGCAAAUACUGUAGAACAGCUAAGGGAAGCUGAAUCUGAAGCAAAGGCCCUGCGAACAAUGACGCAAAGAAUGAUAUUGACACACGAAGAGAUGGAGGAGGUUGUCCUAAAGAGAUGCUGGCUUUCUCGCUACUGGGGUCUAGCUUUGAAUUAUGGCAUCUGUGCAGAUAUUGCUGUUUCUAAGCAUGAACAUUGGUCAUCUUUUGCGCCUCUUCCCUUUGAAGUUAUUAUAUCUGCUGGACAAAAAGCAAAGGAAGAGUCUUGGGAUGGUGGCAGUGAUUCAGAGAGGACCAACCUUGUUCGUGAUUUCAGUGAUUUAUCUGGCGAAGGAAAUAUUGAGAGCAUGCUUUCUGUUGAAAUGGGCCUCAGAGAAUUAGCUUCUUUGAAGGUUGAGGAUGCUGUUGUGCUGGCAUUGGCUCAACACCGACGUCCAAAUUUGAUUCGGCAGUCUUCUGAUUUAAAAUCGCCUAGCGAUCCCAAGUUUACAGAGGCUUAUGAGUUGAGUAAAGAAGAGACGGAAGAUGUUCUAUUUAAAGAGGCUUGGCUUACAUAUUUCUGGAGAAGGGCUAAAGUUCAUGGCGUAGAAGAGGAUAUUGCAGAAGACCGACUUCAGUUCUGGAUAAGCCGUAGCGGGCAGUCACCAACAUCACAUGAUGCUGUUGAUGUUGAAAGAGGUUUGACAGAGCUAAGGAAGUUGAGCAUAGAACAGCAACUCUGGGAAGCAUCUCGAAGGGAAUUUGACCAGCAGGCUUCGUUGAAUGGCAACUCUAAAGUUCCCCUAGAGCCAGAAGAGUCUUCUUUGUGAUAGAUUUUGUUUUAAUUGUUUCUUUCUUUUGUUCUUUCGUUUUGCUGAUUUGUAAAAGUUUUACCAGCCUUUUCUUACCAUUUUCAGGAAAAGUAAUUAAGUUAAAACUUAUACGAACAACACUGUCUAUGCCUCGGUUUUUAUGAUAACUCUACUUAUAGUUUUAUAUGCAAAAUGUACUACGUAUUGGGAUAUUGGAGGCACUAUAAAGCGUCAACACUUAUUGCUUGACGAUUGAGUA